AUGGACCCCCGCCCACUCACCUGGGCCCUGGUGCUGCUCGGCCCGGCUCUGGCGCUCGUCCUGGGCUCUGCGUCCACUCCGGAAGCGCGGGAGAAGUUGUGUGGCCACCACUUCGUGCGCGCCCUGGUGCGGCUGUGCGGGGGCCCGCGCUGGUCCUCCGAAGACGGGCGGCGGGUGGCUGGCGGCGACCGUGAGCUGCUGCAGUGGCUGGAAGGACGACAUCUCCAUGGGCUGGUGGCCGAAGGGGACCCCACGCUGGUUCUCAUUCCACAGCCCCUGCCCCAGGCCUCUCGCCAUCGCCACCGCCGGCGGGCAGCGGCCACCAACCCUGCCCACCACUGCUGCCUCAGCGGCUGCACCCGGCAGGACCUGCUGACCCUGUGUCCUCACUGAACCCUCCCCCCCAGUGUGGCCUCAGAGGAUCCAGAGACCCAGAGGGGUCUGCUCUGGUGAGCUCCUGAAGCCACACAGCACCACAAAGCCCUGUCUGGGAGGAUGGUGAGAAUGACCUCCCUGUAUUCCCCCCCCUCCCCGAGGCCACCUUCCUCUGUGGG